GUCCUCCUCCUGCUCUCAUUCCGUGUCUCUCUCCAUCAGCAGCGGUCUGGAUGCUCGCAGGGACAGAAACAUGGCUGUGAAUCUCGGGAAGAACCGGCUGGCCCUGCUGACCGCCUACCAAGACGUCAUUGACGAGACCUCGGACACCGACUGGGCCUUGUACACAUAUGAGGACGACAGUAAUGACUUGACACUGGCAGCAUCUGGAGGAGGCGGCCUGGCAGAGAUCACACUGACCUUUGACAACGGCCGGGUGAUGUACGGCUUCUGCAGCCUGAAGGAGCCAACCGCCGCUCUGCCACGAUACAUCCUCAUUAACUGGGUCGGAGAGGACGUGCCAGAUGCCAGGAAGUGUGCCUGUGCCAGCCACGUCGCCACCAUCGCAGACUUCUUCCAGGGGGUGGAGGUCAUCGUCAACGCCAGCAGUCUGGAAGACAUCGACCCGUCAGCCAUCGGCCAGCGGCUGACCAACGGCACGGUGGCGGUGGCGAGCCCCGUGCUGAGCCGCCUGAAGACCAGAGAAGAAGAGCACGGAGACGUGGGGACGGUGUACGAGAAGACCAAUGCAGAGGUGGAGAUGAAGAAAAUCAAUAGAGAGGAGUUCUGGGAGCAAGCCAAGCGUGAGGAGGAGUUGAGGAAGGAGGAGGAGAAGAAGAAGGCGGCGGAGGAGCGGCAGCGCUACGAGGAGGAGCGGAUGGAGCUGGAGAGGAAGGAGCAGGAGAACCGAGAGAAGAGGUACCGAGAGAGGGAGCAGCAGAUCGAGGAGCACAGGAAGAAGAUGCAGGAGGAGGAGGAGGCCAAAGAGAGGUUGCGGAGUCAGACCACUAUGGCAGCAGAGCCAAGCCUCGAGGACCUCAACCUGGACAAGAAGGAGUCUGAGGUGGAGGAGGCUAAGGCCAUCAUCGCUCAGCGGUCAGGAAACCCUCGAGAGUUCUUCAAGCAGAAGGAGAGAGCCCUGACCGUCAGUGUGGACACUUCGCCCGUCUCCGUCCACCGCAGCGGCCGCUUGGACAGCCCUUUCUUGAGGCAGCAGCACAGUCCCAGCAGUCCGACUCCCCCACCACCACACGCACGGACGCAGCCCGCCGCUGCAGCCGGAACGGACGACGACGAAGCGAGCACAGAGCGCAACAUGAUCGCCGUGUCGCCCAUCCCCAAAAUAGUCACCACGCCCAUCAAAGAGGACUUCAGCAGAGAGGAGGAGGACGACAGAGACGAGUGGGAUUCGGUUCCAAUGACGGAGCAGAAACCUCCGGUCCAGGAGUCGGCGCCCUCCAAGCCCGUGCAGAGCGUGGCCCCUCAGGCCCGCGACUCCUCCGGCUUCUCAGCGUGGCAGUCCGAGUCAGACAGCCUGGUCGACAUGUGGGACGGUAGCUCUGCCCCACCUGCCAACCCCACCCAGACCUCCCAGUCCUCCAAUCUGGUGGACCUAAUGGGAGACGUCCUCCACGACAACGCCCCGCCCACUGCCGCUGCCGCCGCCGCCGCCAGCCGGCCUCAGCCUCUCCUCAGCUUCGACGAGAUGAUGGAUGGGACUUUCUGCUCGGGCCCUGGCGCCGAGGACGACCCCACCAGCUUGGUGGACGUGACCGGCUCCGACCAGAUGACCCUCAGCUACCAGCAUGCACUGCAGCAUGCAUCCGGGGAGGGGGAGGGGCUGGAUGACGGACAGCUGCUGAUGACCAACGGGGAGACGCUGCUGAAAGAAGGGACCCAGGCGAGCGAAGGUUAUUUCAGCCAAUCACAGGAGGAAGAAUUUGGCCAAUCAGAGGAGUCCUCAGCUAAACCCGCACCGGUCUUUUAUAACAAGCCACCAGAGAUUGACAUUACGUGCUGGGACGCGGAUCCCGUGGUCGACGAGGACGACGACUAACCAACUAAUCAACCGGUCGGCCAAUCGGAUCUCACCCCAGGACCAAGAGGAAGUAGGAAGUGCGCUUCAUGAAGAAAAACAGAUUCCUUUUCUAAAAAAAAAAAAAAAAAAAAAAAAAAAAAAAACUAUACACAAACAAACAAAAAAGUAAUAAUAACAACACCACUUGCAUCAAAACUACUUCUGUAUUAUCUUUUAGAGAAAUCAGUAGCCACAGACUAACAGGUUUGACGAAAAGAUGAAGGCUCACUUCUUCUCAUUUGUGUGUUUGUUAUUUUUAUUUAUUUGUUUCUCCUUAUUUUUUUUCUUUUUCUUUUUUUUUUUUGCUAUGCAGAUGUAAUGGCGGGGAGCGGGGCAUGAAUUUUUUUAUUGUUUUUUUUUGUGUGUACAUGAUUUAUUAACGUAGCGCACACCCUGCACAUUAAUGUGUGCAGCUUAGUCUGUAGUGCUUCAAUAACACAAUGUAAAACUAAUAACAGCCGCCAUGUUUAUCUUUUAUCUCCCUCCUUCCUUCCUUCCUACACAAAAACAUUCACCUCUGCAGGUCAGUUAAUCUUGUAUUUAAUCGUCACUGAAUAAUUUAUUCUGGUGUAUCUGAACUGAAUCCAGACAAACUGUGGCUCCUCUAUGACCUUCUCUCCUUUUGUAUGAUUUUGAGACUGAAUUCAAGAUUAAACCGCUUGUGAAUCUGAGUGCACUUUUAUUUCUUCUUCUUCUUCUUCUACUUCUUCUUCUUCUAUUCGUCUUCUUCUUCUUGCCUCCCUGCGGACGACGAACGUCGCCCCCCUCCUCCCGAGCUGAAAUCUUAAAUCUUGAUGAAUACUGCUGUAGAUAUUUUUCCAGGUUUUGUAGGAGAGUUUGACUCUCAGCUGACCAACGGUGAAUUUGUACGAUUCUUAUUCUUCUGUAGAGGAUUUAAAAGUAUAAUAAAAUAUUUUCUGAGUCGGAGAGGAAGAGGAGGUGGUUACAGAUUUUUAAAACAAAUCAUUUUGAUGUUAAUUAUUUUAUUUUUAUUUUUUGCCUUUGUUUUAAUCUGUGCAGAGAACCAGACGUUCAGGAUCAUUCGAGGAAAACUGAAAAACAAAGCAAAAAAAAAAAGUGUGUGGACGGGGACAGGCCGUGCAUGAUGGGAAACGUAGGCUCAGGUGUAGAGGUCUGUUGAUAAUCUCUCCUAAGGGCUGAAAUAGAUCCAUAGUUUCUGAGCAUGUUUGCUCCAGGUGGGGUAAACAUCAGGUGAGGAGAAACAUGGAGGUAGAAAAACAAGCAGUUGUUUGAAAAGAUGAAGCUGGAAUCAGUGUGAACAGCAACAUGGAUCUUCUACUCCAGACAUUCAGGGCUGCACACUUACACGGAUGAAAAAUACUUCAGGAGAUGACUGAGAAGCUUCACAAAGGAAAACAUUCUCCUCCUUUCCCUCCCUUCUUGUUCUUCUUCAUCUCAUCUUCUACUUUGGCCUCUUUGUCCUCCAUCUUCUCUUCGUCCUUCUAUCUCCUUCUUUUCCUUCUCAUUGUUGUUGUUCCUCUCCUCCUUUCUCCUCUUCUGCUUUUCUUUCUCCUCCUCUUCAUUAUUCAUCUUCCUCACGUUUCUCCUCCUUCACUUUUCUCUUAUCCUCCACCUGCCCUGCCCCGAGUCACCACCAGAGGGCGAUUUAAUUCCAUUAAUCACAAAAAUGAAAAGAAUCUCGCUGCAGCAGCUGAAAUAAACAGGAGGAUACAGAGUAAAUAUUUAAUAUAUAUAUAUAUAUAUUAAAUGAAUGAUCGUGUCGUCUGGAUCUCUGAGCAGCUUCCUCUCCGUCUGCUUCUGUUCUGUGCCAAUUUAAAGCCAACCACUAUGUCUUUUAUUUCCAUUCUUCCUGCUCUUUCUUAUCUCUGGACGCAGGAGUGGGCUCCGUGUUUUUAAUACCUGUUCAUUUAUCAGGACCUUUUUUGUUGUUGUAUUUUUUUUUUUUUUUUUUUUUUUUUUUUUUU